UUGGCAUCUGGCAUAAAAUUUUUAGUAAUAUAAUCAAUUAAUAUUUCAGUUUCAAUUUUAAAUUCAAGUUCUUUAACAUUUACAAAUAUGGUUGCGGGAUCAGGAAUAACAACGUUCUGUCGAACACAGGCGCCAGAAUAUAUGAGUGCACCACCAUAUGAAUUUUCAAAGAUAACAUCAAGGAGUGAAUAUUUCCAAACAUAUAGAAAUGAAAAUUAUUCUAAAAUAAUGACACCUCGUUAUGAAUGGGGUAUGGUAGAUACAGAAUAUACACCACCUCCUAGGCGUACAAGAAAUCCCGAGUUCCUAAAACUGCCAAUGCCACAAUUUAGUAUGUUAGAUAAAGGAAGACAAAUGGAAGUGGAUAAUUUCUUCAUGGCUUCUCAAAUGCACAGAGAUACAUACAUGGAUCACUCGAAAAUACUUAAACCGAUGGACUUCUUCAAACCUCCAGUCUACAAAUACCAAUGUCCUCAGGAUCUGUCUAGCACUUACUUGAAAUAUCCUACAAUGUAUGUUGAAUACAAGAAACCAACAGUGCUACCACUUACCUUAGGUAGAACUCGCAGAAGUCCUUUAUAUCCAGAGAAAGCUCUUACAGGAAUUUUCAACCCUGAGAGUGACAUUAGCCAUAAGAAAUAAAAUGUUAAAUUUAGUAAUUUUCAACCCUUUAAAAUAAAAAUAAAAGUCUAAAAUUAUACAAA